UGUGUGUUGUUGUGCUACCUCCAGCGUUGGACUAGGACAAAGGCUGUGUGCAGAGAACUCGAUGGCAUCAUGUUUCACCUUAAAUUUAGUACGGCACUAUGGUACGGUUCCGCGCACCUUCGCGUCGACUGCAAGCCGAAGCCAUGAAAAUCCUUUGGGUCUCCCAUUUCGUCCGCCCUCUGCACCCCAAAUGCCCCGACGCGGCGGGCCAAUCCAAAAACGACAUAUCGAGCACGUAAAGAAGGUAAUCGUUGUAGCAAGCGGAAAGGGGGGUUGUGGGCAAGAGCACAAUAGCAGUAAAUCUUGCUUUCUCCCUCGCAAUGCUGUCUCAUCGACCACGAGUUGGCAUACUUGAUUUGGACUAUUUUUGGACCUUCUAUUCCUACCUUGAUGGGACUCCAGCAUUCGGACGAUCCACAUUUAACUCCCGAAUUUGAAGGUGCGAUUGUCUGGCGCGGCCUUAUGGUUCAAAAAGCCGUGCAGCAACUCCUCUUCGAUGUUGACUGGCGGGACGCUGGUGGAUCUGGUCCUGGGC